AUGAGAGGAACACGGAAGUGUAUGUCUUUGAGUGGAGUGGAUCUCGAGGAAACACAGCAACUCCUCAUCUCGAAUCUGCGGGCCAUUCGACCAAAUAUGGCUGGUACGAUUCGUAUUUGCAACGACACUCUGGGUGCUUUCCUUACCGCUGCAGAUAGCCCUGCAGUCGUUCUGACUUCUGGCACGGGAUCCAUUUGCAAAUUCGUCAGAGAAGAUUUGAGUUUCGUACGUGUUGGUGGCUACGGUCACCUUCUGGGUGAUGGUGGUAGUGCUUAUCAUGUCGCUCACCAUACAAUCUGCAAAUAUCUGGAAAUCGAAGAUGGUCUUAUUCCAUGGGCCCACAAAACUGACAAAGUUCGGAAACUCAUUUUCGACCAUUUCGGUGUUAACAACAGCCCCGGACUUUUGAACUGCUUCCUCGCUAACUUCGACAAAGGCACUAUCGCUGCUCUCUGUCAACAUUUAUCUGCAGCUGCCAGAGAGAAUGAGCCGCUAUGCAAAGAGUCAUUUUUCUUGGCCGGCGUACAAUUGGGUCGUCACGUCCGAGCCUGUUUGCGACAUGCUAUCAAGGAGCUGGAUCUAUCUACCAAUGAAAUUACCGUUGUAUGUUGCGGAAAAAUAUUCCGGAGCUGGGAUCUUCUCCAAGCGGGUCAUGGGAAUCGAAGGCGGUUGAUCGACGUGCAUGGCGCGAUCUGAUCACGAAGGCAGUUGCCGAAGUGCGGGAGAAAGGCCUCAUGCAUGCAGAGAAGAAGCGGCAAGCACCGAUGGGUUGUACUCCAUCGACAUCGAGCGCAUGGUGCUGUAGCAUAUGCGAUCGCGAGUGCCUGGGUCAGGCAGGCCCAGUGAACUAUGAGCGAGGCCACUCGGGACUACUACCGAAGCGACGACGGGUCCUGCAGAGAAUGUAGGCAGAACCAGCACAUCGUUUGUAGGUUUUCGCGAUGUAUUCCUGGAAGAUGGGCAAUUUUUUCACUGGCGUGGAACCUUACACCUGGUAUGGCUUCAGGUUACUGCUGGCUACGGUGCAGCUCGGCUCGCUGCGCGUUUGGACGCCGGCAUCAACAUCCCACUUCCUUCAAAGGCAGUCUCCUCCUUGGACCGUGUGGAAAUUGACUUAUCCAAUUCACUGUGAUAUAUUUUACUUAAUUGUUUCGACUUUCACAUCUUGUUUCUAUGUUCUUGGAUCCUUUUAUGGUUGUUUCAAUUUUCUAGCGAAUUUUGGAGUGUUCCGGAUUUUCUGUCUUUGAUCCCUUCGUAUUAUUAAAUGUUUUCUUACUGCUGUGUCAUUUUAUAUGAUGGCUUGCAUUCCACGCAAGGUCUACAACCCAUCGGGAUCAAGAAUAGAAACCGAGCUGUUUACCCGCGCCCAGACGUUGGCAAGGAAGGGGCGAUUCAGCAGCCCAUAAGUCCAUCUUACUCAGAAGUCCGACGAAAAUAUUCACCGCGCGCCAGUGUGUUAUCUUCUUUGGUUCAUGGUCAUCGAAUUACCCUCGCCCGCAAACGCAUGCUUUUGCUGUUCUGGUUACUUUCAAACCGAUUGGCCCAGCGCCGUUCUCUUCGCUGGAACCUUCAUUGAGACUCGACACCUACCCAUUGUUCUGUUUAAUACGGGGUUUUCCACUAGCGUCGUGGCUCAAGGCAACGGGGAUCGCAUUCGAUGUGUAUGUAGGAGGGCGUUUGACAUCUUUUAAACCUGCUCAGUUGAUCUACCGAAUCUGUAAUUAUUUCUUUGUUUGCACUGAGGGACCGCAUAAGUGGAGAUGGUGCAAAUUCUAUGGUCAUUCGGCUGUC